AAUAAGCACCGUGUCUCGGUCACUAGGCACUCCUUUAUUUCAAUCCCCACACUUGUGGUUUGUUUACAAUAAAAAUUGUAAGGAAAAGAGAAAGAAAGAAAGGCACACCAGAGCUGGUUACUCGGGCCUUUCAGCAUGGCCUGUUAAGACAGCGGCGGGACUCUGCUGCCUUCUGCCUUUCCAACAAAGAACUGCUCCACCCACCUUCAAUCCGAAAGCUAAAGACAGGAAAUGGAAACCGAAAGUUAAUGAAAACCAAGAGAAUCAGGAAACUGAAACUGUUCUUUUGUUUUUCUUCUUCUCUUUCUUCCAGAAUUGAGCAAGACCGCCAUCUGCUUACUAAGCCUGGACCUCAGCUUCCACCUCUGAAAAUGUCCUUCUCAGCGCCCAGUACCUGGGAGAAGAUGUUUCAAGAACUGAUCCAGGAGGAGAAACCCAGGGCCAAGUGGACCUUCCAGUUGGAUAAGAACAUUUUACCCAACGUCAUGGCCGUGGGAUGGAGGCAGUACCAGCAGACAGGACUUGGCAGGUUCCAGUGUUCCAUAUGUAACAGAUGGUGGAUUUCUGCUCAAGUGAAGAUCCUGUGCCACAUGUACCGGGAGCCAGGGAAAUCUCAGGGCCGGGUACUCAUGAGGAUCUUCGGUCAGAGGUGCCAGAAGUGUUCUAAGUCUCAAUUUGAGAAUCCUGAGUUCUUCACAGAGAGCAUUGGAAGGAUUAUGGAGAACCUAAUUAAUUAUAUUCUCCAGAAAUACUAUGGUCAUGGCUUUAAGAAGAAACCAUCAACUUCAAAUGAGAAACCUCUUGAGAAGGUGCUUUUGAAUAGACCCCAUGACACAGCCAAUUGUGAGGCAUGCACUCUGGGCUACCAUGGAGGGUGUUCCUUUGCAUAUGAAGCAAAUCUGCCCAAAUACCCAUCUUCCACACCAAAGAGCCACAGUUCUCCCCCACCAAAGAGCCCCAGUUCUUCUACACCAAAGACCCACAGUUCUUCCCCACCAAUGAGCCACAGUUCUUCCCCACCAAUGAGCUACAGUUCCUCCCCACCAGUGAGCUACAGUUCUUGCCUAAAAAUGAGCCCCAGUUCUUCCCUAACAAUGAGCCACAGUUCUCCCCCACCAAAGAGCCACAGUUCUUCCACACCAAAGAGCCACAGUUCCUCCCCACCAAUGAGCUACAGUUCUUGCCUAAAAAUGAGCCACAGUUCUCCCCCACCAAAGAGCCACAGUUCUUUCCCACCAAAGAGCCACAGUUCCUCCACACCAAUGAACCUUAGUUCUUCCCCAUCAAAGACCCACAGUUCUUCUCCACCAAAGAGCCACAGUUCUUCCCCACCAAAGAGCCACAGUUCUCCCCCACCAAAGACCCACAGUUCUUCCCCACCAAAGACCCACAGUUCUUCCCCACCAAAGAGCCACAGUUCUUUACCUCAGACUAGGAAUAUGUAUGUUGAGAAUAGGCAUUUUGAGGAACACAGAGAGACCAGUUACACAGAGCUGUUAAUGGUUUUCUCUCUUGCUGCACUUACCUUUAUUCGUCGACUCUUUAAAUAAUGGGCUUAUCAUCUUGUUUUCAUGCUAUGGUUAUCAAUAAUAUGGAUGUCAUUUUAACAUGACAGUGAAUUGAUUUGAGAUCAAGCAAGGCCAAGUAUGUAGAGUAAACAUGGUUUCCUGGACAUGCUCUGAAAUGACAAAAACAUAAUAGACCCCAAAACAAAUCUGUAUUAAAUCACUGAACACUCUCAAUUUGCUUGCUCACUUAUUUGUUAUCAAACUAUAUUCAUUAAAUCUUGACAAGAACUAAUGGCCACGAGUAUUGUAAUUUAGUGUGAUAGAUUGAAUAAUGCUCCCCCACCAAAAAUGCCUUUAUCCGACCCUCUAGAACUGGUGACUGUGCUAUAGUAUUUGGAAGAAUGGAUUUUGUAGACAUAUUUAAUUAAAAGAUCUUGAGGUAUAUUGCCUUGCUUUCUUGGGAUAAAUAAUAACAAAAAGGUCCUUUUCUAUCUUUUUUAAUCAAAGUCCACCAAAAGCUCAAUGUUGAAGGCUUGAUCUCUGAGUGAUGGUGCUAAGGGAGGUGAUAAAAUCUUUAGAACAUGGUGCUGUACACUGUAAAUAUGUAUUACUCUCAUUGGUUAAUAAAGAGCUGACUGGCAGGUAGCCAGGCAGGAAGUAUAGGUGGGACAACCAAACUAAGGAUGCUGGGAUGAAGAAGGCGGAGCCUAAAGAGUUGCCAGCCAGAUGCAAAAUAGGAUAGAAGUAAAAGCCGUGAGCCUUGGGGUAGCACAUAGAUUUAUAGAAAUGGGUUAAGUUGUAAGAGCUAGUUAGUAAUAAGCCUGAGCUAUCAGCCAAACAUUUAUAAUUAAUAUAAACCUCAGUGUGUUUAUUUGGGAGCUGCUCAUGGGACAGAAACUUUGCCUACUAAUGGCAUCCCAAUGUGGGGCCAGAAUUUCCACUUAAGACCUGAGAAAACUUUUAAAAAGGUCCUAAAUGCACAGAAACAGACCCAAAGGCAGCUUUCUAGUCUCAUGUCUCUCAUGCUGGCUGCAGUACAGAGAUGUGUCUCCUGUCAGACUCAGCCACCGGCAUGCCAUGAGAUAAGCCUAGUAAUGGGUUCCCACAGUCUCUCAGCAGCCACAGAAAAGUGUCUCUCAGCAUCUACCUGUGGAAAGAGCCAUCCACUAUGCACUACCUCCAUGCACUAAGCUUAAGCCACACUGGUGGCAGCUGACAUAGCAGUUGAUGAUUCAUCUCAUAUGGUCAGAAAAAGAUUACAGAUACACAAUAAAGACAGAGUCAGACAGAAAAAAAAUCUAAACAGUUUUUUAUGACUGUCUAUACCUUCUCUUUUCUCUCCCAAGCCUAUGUAUAAUUUUAAACAUACUGCAAUAUAUAGUUUUAAAAUAAUAAAGUCCUUAAAAGGGGAGUAAAGUAAUAUAAAAGGAAAAGGCCAUUUAAAGAUGGGAAAUACACAGAGUUGGAAUCCUAUAUGUUAUUGUGUUGUCUUUAAAUUGUUUGGCUGCUAAGAGACACUGGGUUAUAAAAACUGGUAGAUUAAACCAAACUAUUUAUUUUUAAAAUAUCUUGACUUCAAAAUUUAAGUCAAAAGGUGUGUUGCUUUGGGGAAGAGGUUAUGCUUUUAUUUCCACAGGAAAUGAGAAGCUGUGGAUUCAUUCUGGGUUAAAGAUGAUCAGUUUGAUUGAGGAAGACCCCCUGAAAUCCUGACUACAGACAUAAAGAAAUAAAUCUAGAAGAACUAGAAGACACAUGGUAUAUAUUUUACCUGUUCAAACACUUAACAAAAAAAUCAUCUUUGGCUGACUUACAUCCAAUGAACAGUCUAUAAUUGUAUUACUGUAGAUAUGUAUGUUACCUUUAAAAGUUUAUGUAUUUUCAGAGCAAAGGGACCAGACACCAAUGAAAAUGAAUGGUCCUAGUGAUCCAUCAUCCAAAAGAGCUUCAAGGCUGCUGACUAAGAUGGUCCAGCCUCACAUAAUGCUCCAACCAAGACCUAACAAUUAUCCUGAUAUUCUCAAGGUUUCUCUGAAGAUGCAAGCACCCUCAGACAACAGGAAGCAGUCUAGAGAAAACAACGCCCACAUUCCCAAAAGAUAGGAUGUUUAUUAUGUUAUGGAUGUUUAUUAUCAUUUAAGGGGGGUUGGUUACAAGUUGUUAUUGGUAAUGGUCAGGAAAAAAGCUGAACAAAGGAGAAAAGAUUCAAGGAUUUUGUUCUGAUAACAAAAAGAGGGAUGUAUAAAUGAUAGGAUA